CAGUGGUGUGUAAGGCGGUAUUUUAUUAAAAAAAAAUUGGCGGUUUCGUUGGGAUAAAAAUUGUGCAAAUGUUAUCGACAAGUAAUUAACGUUCGUCCAAAUGGAUCGCCUGUCUAUUCAGCGUUGCGACGAGUAAUAUGAACCACUGCAAAGCCAUGAAGAUAAGUUUUUCCUUAUCUUCGCUACAACCGCUGGGCCAUGGUUUAGAAAAACAUGGCCAAGCUGGGGUAGCGAUAGAAAGGCCAUACAACAGUCUCACAAAGAAGAGGAAAGAUCCAAAGCAACUUCACAAUCAACGUUUGUGGACAAAUCGUGAAGAUAGCAAAGAUGAGUUUUGGGCAGCAAUACGUUCUAACUAUGAUUAUAUUAUGGAUACUAAUUUGAUAGAUAGUUGUAGAGAAGCUAAUGGUGAAUUAACAUGGGACGAGACUGAUGUAUCUACGCAGUCAUGGAGUUUGAAAGAAGUUAGUAGUCAAUUUUCAGAGUUAUAUUCAUGGCUAAGGGUUCUUCAAGAAUUGGUUUAUUGCAAAGAAGAAAAUUUAUUAGAUAAAAGUCUGCGUGCGGCUCACAUGGAGGAGCUGCGACGUAGGGCAUAUAGAAGAAAGUUAUUUAAUGAUCAGGCUGGAAAAUUAGUGUCACGUGCCCCUGCUUUGAAAGAUGAAGUGGCGUGGCGUGUUGACCACUUAAAUGCAAAAUGGGAAUUAGUUGAACAAAUUAUGGCACCUGUUGAGCGGCCUGUAUCUAAUCAACAGGAUAUAUCGGCAGAUUUUGAGCAUGAAGUAAAGUGUUUGAGGAAAUGGCUUCGUGAAAUGGAAUCCCGCCUUCAGCCUUUGAGCUUUCAUGUAGACUGGACGUUAGCGGAGCUCGAGGAAAAAGCAGUGGAGCAUAUGGUACUCCAACGAGACAUAGAAGCACAUGGUCGAAUCGUCAGUUCGGUCGUUAAAUUAGGAGAUAAAGUUGUCAAUCAGCAGCAAGCACAGCAAAAAGAGCAGGAACAGGAUCAAGCAGAGCAACGGGAACAACGGGAACCGCCACAAGCUUUACGAACAGCGAGAUCUCUGGAACGCCGAUGGCAUUUGCUGUUUCUACGAGCUUUGGAAUGGCAGUGUCACAUCGAAACUCUCGUGUCUCGUAUAAGCAGUAAGAACUUGGUGCCUUACCGCUGCAGUAGCGACAGCGACGAGGAGCCAGUCACGAAGCAGCCUCGACUCAGCCGUAGACACUCGCGAGGUUCUGGAAGGGAAUCCCCGGGUCAGUCGGCUCGUUCGACGCGUUCGAAACGCCACAGAGCCACGAGAUCGCGAUACUACGAGGAUCCAGCCACUAGCAGAACGGACCUGUCCGAUACCGACGCGUCUUCCGAGAAUCGAUCGAUCAGCGACGGAUCCUAUUUCGAGGAUGAAUUAUGUCCGGUUUAUGUGAUGGACACAAAGUCCGACGGAGUGGAAAAUCUCCAAGAAAUUAAUCGAAUCGCGAGCACGUUAGGCGAUCAGGGCGAAGAAGCUGACAUCGAGGAAGGUGCGGUAAGCGAAGACGAAGAGUACGACAUGCCACCGAUACCUGACACCGUACCGAUGACAAAUUCGACGGCCAUCGAGGAGAGCUGCGACCAGAUCGACGGCCAGCCAGGCAACUCUGAACAAUCGACCGGCAAUUUAGCCGCUAACGAGCCAGUGAAACGUCGCAGAACGACUGAGGAGGUCGCCUCUUUUAACACGUCCGACAGGAAAUCGAAGAAUUGCGCGACCUUCUACUUCCGCCACUUGGACACCGACUCCGAGCAGAACGAGGAGGCGGCGAUCGUAGCGGAGGACUCGUCGGAGGAAGAGUGGACGUACACGUCAUCGCGGAUGAAUAACGUUACGACGGAGCAACGCAAGACCAACGUUCUGGUGCGUCUGGACUUCGGCGAGGGGCAGAGUCAACCACGAGCUAGCGAGGGAAACGCGAAAACGAGCGAAACGAAGCCCGUAAAAGAGACUUCCAACAUGGAGGGUGUCAACGAGACUUCAAACGAAACCGACGCGUCUUCUCGCUGCGAGAAAGACAGUGACGACGAAACGAGAAACGACAAGACGAGCAUCCAAAGGCUCAUUAAGGAAGUAGAGAAAUUAGUCGGAGAGGAAAGGCGCAACGGUGCAACGAAGACUUUCCCUCAGCUCAUUCUCGAUGAUAAGGAGGGUAUAACGAAUAAUCAUCGCGCCAAAUACGCGAGGAUCAAAGAAUGGUUGAAACUGAACUCUGUACGAAGCCACGACGGACGAUCCACGUCACAGCGCGAAUUACAGCCGUUGGAUAGCUGCGAUGCCAGUGGCGAGUAUACGACGGAAGAAUCCGAUGGGGAGAGGCAGUCGGUUUCAUCGGAGGAUCUGCAGAGUAGCGUUGCGACGUAUCGCAGAUUCGAAGGUACACUGGGUUGCACGUCUCAAUCGGUGUCGCAAGAGAUAUUCGACGACGCUGAGAAAACGCCGAUCAACGAGGCGCAUCCGAUGCUGGACACGAGUACGCCAAAAGUCGUGAUGCGCUCGAAGCAGAAGCACAACGGGCCCAGACCGUGGAGCGUAUCUUGUAUCUCACAGAUCGGGAACAACUCGAAUUUGAACCAAACCAAUGACCCGAUUUCGCAGUUCUCCAUAAGCGAAACUGCGCUCCACCAGUUAAUCGCUACUCCGCCCACUAAAUCCGUGUCCCUCGAUGCAACAGGAUCACGGAAAUCGUUCAACAACUCAACGUCCACGUUAUUGGAGGAGUCGAUCAUUUGCCACGACGGCCGUGUGGUUCGAAACAGUUCGUUGCGCAGGAAAAAGAGCAGGUUGCGCAAGAAGAACCUGGGUCGUAAAAGCGACUCCAGUUCGGAAGGUGUGACCGCGAAUCAUUCGGCGGGAAGCGAUGGCAGCUCGUCGAAUCAGCAACGUUCACCGCGUAAAAUGAGCGGAAAUCGCGCGAUGCGCACCAUUUCGAGAGACUGUCACGGUCGUUUGACUACCCUGGUAAAAUCCGGCUCUUUCUCGGGGUGCACCGCUCAUCAGCAACUCUCGGCGGAGAGGACGAUCGUCAGCGACCCGACACCGCCGUUCAGGUUACCUUGCUGUACUUCGGUGGCUUCCACAUCCGAGACCGAGGGUGAGGAACAACGUAACUAUACGCGAGGCUGCUUCGCCUACUACGAUACCGUUCCAAGCAAUAAGGAGCUGUGCAAUCAGCAACUGAACGUCGAUAGCGACAUCGAAAUGAAUAGCCUCGGAAAUAACUCGAUCUCCGAUCAAGCUUGGGAUAAUUAUCAGGAGAAAUAUAUGAGCGAGCCAUACAGUGAAGCGCCAGACGUAGAAACGGCACGAAGAUUAUUGGACUUUGGGGAUGAUUACCGAAACUUCCUUGAUAGUCAAUCCGAUUGUGCCUCCAGUAUGAGCGCAAUGCCCGCUAGUUCUCCACUGCCUAGAAGUCGUAUGGAUCAUGAAAUAACCGAUACCACGGAAGACAGCGACAGUGACGUGGAGGAUAUACGGAACGUAAUCGAGAAGUCGCAGUCUCAGUUAUCACUUGCUGAAAGUUUAUUCUCGAGGUCGUGCAACGGCACGAUACCGCAAGAUAACUCCGAAGUGGAAUGUGCGUGUAGCGAAAAUCUGCGGUGUCUGCACGCGUUAUUGGAGUCCGUCAGCAAUUCGUUCCGAAGCGAAAAAUACGUGAAACAAAUUCGUGGUGUAUUGGAAAAGUGGGAGUCCCUGACAGCUAGAAUGGAGGAAACACAAAUGGCCACUGCGCUUCAUCGUGAGUUAAUAGCUCUACGUACGGAAUUCAAAGCAGCACACGAUAGACUCUUCUCGUACGAGAUCACUCUGGAGCAACCUCACGUACUGGACGAGCGAAUUAAUCGAAUCACGGCUGAACUGGCUGCGUUGAGGGAUCGUAAGGCGGCGAUGCUGGCGUUGAACGUCCAGACUCACAGACUGAUCACCGAUGUUGGUAAUUCUAGCUCGUUGAUCUUCACGGCGCUGAAGGAUGGCGUGGCCGAUUUGUAUCGCGUUUGGGACGAAACCUUUCAAAAGGGUAAUCAACAAUUGUGCGCCCUGCAAGCCGUCCAGCAGUUCAGCAUACGUUUGGCGGAGCUUCAGUGCGUGUUACGGAGGGACAAGGAUACCCUGGCAGUUUUGGACGUGGCCCUACAAGCAGGAGCUACUUCUGAGGUUGCUUCGUCUGUUCGUCACGUCGCCAGAUUGCUGUCCGAGAAGCAAGACAUGAAUUGUCAGAACGGGACGGUGCUAAAAGACUCGACCACGGAGGAAGUGGGCAGUGGGGUGUUAGCGAAAUUCGGUGACUCGCCACCGAUCAGUCUGACGCAGGAAGGUGGCUCGUUGUCCGACAGUGGCAUCUCUGACAGCGGCAGCGAGCAAGAGUUGAGCGAACGGGAGCGAAGAUUGGCCGCCCUUCGUCGUCUGACCCGCAGUUUGGAGAGUCAGCUGGCGCCCGGAAGCGAGGCCCUCGUCGAACUCCUGCAACGUGUCGAGGACGCGGAAACGGAGCUACGAGAUCUUCAGAAACAGUGUCGCGAGUUAAUCGUACGCACCGCUGCCAGUGUCGAGGCGCGAGCUGCGAAAAGGACGAGCGGUCAAGUCCAUCAUUUUAUAGAGUAUCGAGAUGACGCUCUCUGUUGGACAGACAGGAAACCGUCCAUGGACGACGUUGGAAAUCCUACCUCUGUCAACGCACGAUUUGACGAGAGACACUACGCUUUCGAAAGCAUCCUCGAGCUGCGCAAGGAAAAAAGCAGAGACGCUGCCAGGUCUCGAAGGGGGAAGGAGAACUUCGAGUUCUACGAGUUAGCGAAAAUGCUGCCAUUACCGGCGGCUAUUACCUCCCAGUUGGACAAAGCCUCUAUAAUAAGGCUAACCAUCUCGUACCUCAAACUUCGGGAGUUCUCGGGUCACGGAGACCCGCCAUGGAAUCGGGAUGGGCCACCGCCAAAUAAAUCUGGCAAAGGUGCGAAUCGUGUGAGGUCAUCAGCAUCCGCUACGAUGGAGCACUUCGAUGUACAUCAGGGUACCCACAUACUUCAAUCGUUGGACGGGUUCGCGAUGGCGGUCGCCGCUGAUGGACGGUUCCUGUACAUAUCCGAGACCGUCUCAAUUUACCUUGGACUUUCACAGGUAGAGAUGACGGGAUCAAGCGUUUUCGAUUACGUUCAUCAGCAAGACCACGCGGAAGUCGCGGAACAAUUAGGCCUGGGACUGUCAUCGAACGCAUCUUCCGGUCCACACUCGUCGAGCUCCGGUUUAGCGUCGCCGAGUAGCGCGGCGUCCGAAGAACACGGUUCAUCUUCCACCGCGAAUCCCGACGUGUCGUCGGUAAUGUCGUUAUCGGCAAAUAAUCUUUACAAGGGAUACGAUCGUGCGUUCUGCGUGAGGAUGAAAUCCACUUUAACGAAAAGGGGGUGCCAUUUUAAGUCGUCUGGUUAUAGGGUCGUGUUAUUACUGUGCCGUUUGAGACCGCAGUAUACGUUUGGCCAUUCAAGAAAGUCCGCACCACCAUUGAUAGGCAUGGUUGGCCUGGCGAUCGCACUUCCUCCGCCAAGUGUGCACGAAAUUCGCCUCGAAGCCGACAUGUUCGUCACGCGGAUCAGUUUCGACUUUCGGAUAGCGCAUUGUGAACCAAGGGUGUCCGAAUUAUUAGAUUAUACAGCCGACGAAUUAACGGGGAAGAAUCUUUAUACGUUGUGCCAUGGGGAAGAUGCGAAUCGUCUUCGAAAAUCUCACAUCGACUUGAUUCACAAGGGCCAAGUGCUAACACAUUAUUAUAGAUUAAUGAAUAAAAGCGGAGGAUACACAUGGUUACAGACGUGCGCCACGGUAGUGUGCAAUUCAAAAAACGCGGAGGAGCAAAAUAUCAUCUGUGUCAAUUACGUUAUAAGUGGUCGAGAGUUCGAAAAUUUAAUCAUGGACUGUUGUCAACUGGAAGAAGGCGUGAUGGGUGUGAAGCGUGAGGACGCGGCUGGAAAUGAUCCAGAAAAUGGAUCACCGGAUGCCGAUAGAGGAGAAGGAAGAAAUCACGGUGGACCACCGAACCAGCAUCAAGAACACCCUCACAGGUCGCCGCCUGAAGAUCGCGAAGAUACUCGCGGCUCGGAGAGCGAAAAACGAGGCAGCCGGCAUCACGACAACAUAGCUCAGUUACAGCAAGAGCCGCAGACAGCGGUAGGAAACAUUAACACGCUCGUAGUGAAAUUACGUGGACACAAGCGAAAGCUGCACGAGGACGAUAGCAGCUCGAUCGAGGAGGAGGACGAGGAGGACGACUCAACGGUGAAAGUCACGAAUAACGAGAGAAGCCACGCUCUAAGUCCAGCUCCAUCAAACCAUUCCAUUUCAGGAGGUGAGCAAGUAUUGUGCUCGGCCAGUCCUAAAUCGAGACGCGUGGAAGAUAGAACGAGCAACGCCGACAGUACCGGCACCUCCGUGAAAGAUCUAGAGCAAGCGAUGUCCAAGCAUCUACCGGUUCAGAAUCUCAAUAAAUCCCAUUCACCGACGCUGCAUCAGCCUACGGAUUUCAGCACGGACGCGUUGCUCAAGCAGCAACAGCAGAGGAGUACGAUACAAUGGAUCGGAGCUCAUCAUCAUCUGGGACAUCUAAGUCCGCAACAGUCGACUACCGCGCCAUUGCCAGCGUCCGCUCUUCUACGACAAUUAUACGCCAACAGAGAGAGCGUGAUACGAGCUAACGUUCACGGAAUCACGUCCAGUAGUACUACAAGAACCUCUUCUUCCGGUGGAACCUAUUAUGCCGGGGACACGACACCCAGUGGUCCUCUACCCACUCCACCUGGCUCCGAAGGAUCCAGCACCUACGGCGAACAUCAAUUUGUGUUAGCAACGCACAAUCAGAAAAAUUCUAGCGGAACAAGUUGCGCCGAUGCGUUUACCAGCCUGGUUUCCUCGUAUUCUACCGCCAGCGGUUACACGGUCGAUUAUCACUCGGCGAUGACUCCACCGUCGUCCGUUUCACCGAGAGACAAGCAACAACAACAACAACAGCAACAGCUGCAUCCGGUAAACGUGAUAAGCAGCUACGAAGGCUCGUCGGCUUAUAGCGAUCCCGUGUUACGACACCAAUACGAGCCAGCGCAACCAUUGCCUUUAAAGCCACAAGUGUACUCGGCUGCUGUUCAUCCGAGCGCGUUGGACGCUGCUGCAGCGUAUGCCUCGGCCGGUUUAAGCGAGCAAGCGCAAUUUUAUCAUCACCCGGCUGCCGGGGCUGGUUUCCACAUUUACCAUCCGACGAACAAGUCGACGACGAACGGUUGGUACAGUUCGACGUCCUAGUGGCGUGCGCCGGCACGCGAGAGACGUGUACUUAAGUAACUGAAAAUUCUGAGCCCAAAGUCCCCACAUGCAUAUCAGUGAUAUCAUAUUCACCUCGGCAUCUCUGUACACCGAUUUCCCUCUCGUUUCCCCUCGCUCCUUCCAUACAUUUGUUCAUCUUUCCCUUUCGGUUAUCUCCUAUUUUCGCUUUAUCUAUUCUUCACUUUCGCCACAAGCUCAUCCUUUCUGUCUUCCCCUAAGCUAGUUUUCAUUUUUUAUCCCCGCGUCUUUUCCCAUCACCCAAGCGAUCAUACGCGCGCAUCCAAUGUGCCAAUUGAACUGUAAAAAAUCGCUGCUCUCUAUUCUUGACUAUGUAGAACGACUUAUUGUAAUAUAAUAGAAAUAAAUUAUUAUGUAUGUUGACAUUUUCGGAGAUAUUCGCGAAAGCAAAACGGAGGAUAGGAGUUUCUUAAAAAAGAAAAAAAAAAGAAAAAGAAAGAGAAACACAAAAAUGGGAAGGAAUAAAUUUGAAACACAGAGGAGAAGAAUAUGUUUUGAUGCGACGCUCAAGGGGCAAAACGGUGAAUCUCGAAACGCGGUGACCAAUUAAUUUGAUAUAGUCCCACGUGAACACGAGAAUAACGCACGAAAGGAGGAACAACGGAGGAACGAAGACAGAGAUUUACCAGCGUUAUUGCUGUAAAAAAAAAAAAAGAAGCAAGCGAGAAAAAGAAGAAACGCUGGCGUGGUUGUUAGCGAUAAAUUUACUCGAGAAGCCGUACUUGUCGUAAAUUUUUUAUACUUGUAACAUUUUGUUGCGUAAAUACGAUGACUUUAGUGAAGUCAACAGUGCAAUCGUUACACGUUUUUUAGCGUUAAUUUAAGAGGAUCGGAUAGAGAAGAAUAAUGUUUACCUUUUUGCUUAUAAAUGAAAAGAAGCGUUGUUUCUGUGCGAGAGAAAGGAGAGAGUGUGAGUGUGAUAGAAAAAAAGAGAGUAUGUAACACUACGAAGGAAAUCGCUAUCUCUAUUAAUAUAGAAAACUAAUUAUUUUAACGUUCUAUCAAUUUUAUCAAUCUAUCAGUUACAUUUAUUAAUCGUUGUCAACAAAAGUCACGUAUUAAAUUUGAUUGUUCGAAAUCUUGGCAACGUAAACGUUAAUACAUAUCGAUUUGUCCGAUAACGAUAAAUCACUGCCUUACCAAUUGCAUAUGGAUAUAUAAAUGUAAAAGGCGCUUACCUUUUAAAAAAAAAGCUAUGCGAAUGUGCAACGAAUCUUUUUUGUUUAAGUAAAAGUUACUGAGCAUGGACAUACAUGUUGCUAGAGGUAGCGAAUUCUUUCAAAGAGAUUAUUAUGUUUUGUUGUAAAUUGAUGAAUUGUUUUUUGACGAGUACACAUGUAAAUACAAUUUUAUGUGCUGUAAGAUCCACCUGUUGAAUAUUUCUAUUCAUAAUUUUUCGGAAUAUUUCUACGGAAUUUAUUUUCGUUGAAAGAAAAUUGUAAGGCAGUGACUUAAGCAUUAAAAUAUAUGCAUAACGUCUCCAUCUUGGUAAAACAAAAACUUGUGAUUCAGUACAGCUUUCACCCUUGGGAUUCAAAAAUUAUAAUAUAAUUUUAAAAUGAUGAAAGAUUGAAUUUUCUUUUCGUCAUAAUUCUACAAUAUUCUUCAAAAUAUAUGUCCACUCACGAUUAGCAAAUUUACAAUAUUGUGCUUUUUAAUGCUUUACAAAAUUUAAACAAAUUUAUCAUUCCACAUCUUUCAUCGGAAUACAAUACACAACAAAUUAUAAACGUUUCUUGUUUAUAUUUUUAUUCACAAUUUAAGUUUGAAAUACAUAUAAGUUAUAUUAUUUUA